CUCCCCGGCGGGAGGCGGGGCGUCCGCAGAAGUCAAGAGGAGCCAAGGCUCCACCGCCAGGUCUCCUCGCAAUCACCAUGUUGGGGUCACGCGCUGCCCGUCGCCUGAACGUAGUGGUGAGACACCUUAGCCGCCCCUCGGUUGGGACCAUCAUAGCUCACCUCACUUCGGAGGCUCUUUCUCCUGCCAAUUUUCAUCCUCAACAAUUCCAGUAUACUCUGGAUAAUAACGUUCUAAGCCUAGAACAGAGAAAAUUUUAUGAAGAAAAUGGGUUUCUUGUCAUUAAAAAUUUGGUAUCUGAUGCUGAUAUCGAAUGCUUUAGGAAGGAGUUUGAAAGAAUCUGCAGACAGGAGGUAAAACCUCUUGGAUUAAUGAUAAUGAAAGAUGUGACCAUUGCAAAAACAGAACAUGCUGUAAAUGAAAAAGUGGUUACCAAGCUCCAAGAUUUCCAAGAAGACCGGGAACUCUUCAGAUACUGCACUAUUCCUGAGAUUCUAAAAUACGUGGAGUGCUUCACUGGACCCAAUAUCAUGGCCAUGCAUACAAUGCUGAUAAAUAAACCUCCAGAUUCUGGCAAGAAGACAUCCCGCCAUCCCAUGCACCAGGAUCUGCACUACUUUCCCUUCAGGCCCAGUAAUACAAUUGUCUGUGCUUGGACAGCCAUGGAGCACAUUGACCGGAACAAUGGCUGCCUGGUGGUACUCCCAGGCACGCACAAAAGCACCCUGAAGCCACAUGAUUAUCCCCAGUGGGAGGGGGGAGUUAACAUAUUGUUCCAUGGGAUCCAGGACUAUGACAAAAACAGUGCCCGGGUGCACCUGGUGAUGGAGAAGGGAGACACCGUUUUCUUUCACCCUUUGCUCAUCCAUGGAUCCGGUCAGAACAGAACUCAAGGAUUCCGGAAGGCAAUUUCCUGCCAUUUUGCCAGUGCUGACUGCCACUACAUCGAUGUGAAGGGCACUAGUCAAGAAAAGAUUGAGAAGGAAGUUGUGUUGUUAGCAAAAAAAAUGUAUGGAAUUGAAAAUGUCUCCAUGAAGGAUAUUUGGAGAAUUCGAGGACGGCUUGUGAAAGGAGAAAGAACCAACCUUUGAAACAGCCCUUUGCUAUAAAUCUUUUAAAGAAAACCAAAAUUAAACAAGGUGUCUAAGGAAAAUAUUUUCUUAAUGAGAUGACGUAAUUUUUCCUAUCACUUGUUAACAAAAUCAAAAUGCUUGUAUCAGUACUUAAUUGCCUGUGGGUAAUUUUGCAGUGCAGUGAUGUUGCUUUGAUGACUGUAAAAACAGUGGAAGUGAAAUAUCACUGUUUUAAGGAAAAUAAAGUUAGGGUUACAACUGAAUAAAGAUGAAUGCUGUAUAA